CCGAUUCACGCUCGGAGUAGACGCUGUUGGCAGUUGGGCACUUGGAAAUGGGAUUCAGCAUCGGCGGCGACCUGCCUACUACAUCGUCUUCGUCUAGCCGAAACGGACGUGCUUACCUCCUCGCAAUCGGCGUUGGGCUUACGCUCCCUGUUCGCGACAUUCAAACGAUAGCCUGUGCGUAUAAGAACAAGCACGCGGACUAUCUCUGUGAAAUGGUCAUGCGGGCCUCGCCUACGACGCAGGCUCCGAGACACUGACAGCUAUGUCUGCGCGACGACAUCUGCGUUAUCGUCUUAUGGCGCGAUCUCGAACCGCGGGCUGAACACAAGGCCGACGACGGCUGCGAACGACGGUGAUAAGUCGGACAUGGACGCAUCCAGGUUGUGCAGCGGAGGUCGAGGUUGUGUGGGCGGCCCUUUGCGCGCGUCGCGGGGGCAGGGGCGCGUAGCGCGCCUCGAGGUGCGCAUCUACACCUCGCAGCACGCAUCGCCCGAUGGACGACUGUUAUACGCCUUUAUACUCUGCUAGGGUGAUGGUGAGAUGGCGGGAAACCCGCGAUCACCGCGGGGCGUGGUGGUAGACACGGCGACACAACGGAAAUGCGCCAUUGACGAGGGCGCGGCGGCGGAAACGCGAACUUCGGGCAAGCAGGAGCGUGGCCGCGCUGACAUCUGGCGCGUGCGGCAGGUUCCAGGGAUCGUGAGGCUCGGAUGCGUGCCUCUGGUCGUGUCCGAGCAGUCGGGCUACACGUUCCCUGCAUCGAACCGCGAACAGUGGCCAGGAUAUCCACCGACACCUCGCACUUUGAGGGCCGCUGUGUUGCACGGCGCGCUGUUCGACGUCGCAUCGUCCGGCUACUACAUGUUCCGCGAGCGAAUCGCUCGGAUCU